CCUGAGAAUGGAUCAUGUCACUGAGAACAAUUGUCACAGUCCUUAUGUUUUUGACUGCGAAGAAAAGCAAGCUGACUGCAAACACAGAUUGAUUACUGAUAUCCCGAUUCCUGAUGCAAAUGACCCUGAUGUUUUUGAGCCUGACUGUGAUCUUCAUAAUCCUGUUGCUGUUACCUAUCGAGAUGUCUCUGCAGCUUAUUAUCGAAUUCGCGAUGGAAUCAUUCGGACACCCUGCAAGAAAUCACAACUUUCCAAAAUAUACAAUAUGAAUAUAUUCUUGAAACUAGAGCUUCAGCAAGUUACGGGAAGUUUCAAAGAACGAGGAGCACGCAAUUUCUUACUUCAACUGACUCCGGAACAGGCCAAGCGUGGAGUGAUUGCAUCAAGUGCAGGCAACCAUGGACAGGCUUUAGCCUAUCAUGGAAAAAAUCUGAACAUCCCUGUUACAAUCGUGAUGCCGGUUUUCGCGCCCCUGAUGAAAGUAGAAAACUGUCUCUCGCACGGAGCUAACGUUGUUUUGAAGGGAACCGAUAUGAGUCAGGCGAAACCAUACGCCCUGAAGGUGGCGAAAGUAAACGACAUCCGCUACGUUAAUGGCUACGAUCAUCCACAAGUUUUGGCUGGUCAAGGCAGCGUUGCGUUGGAAAUAAUGGAGCAAGUCCCCACUGUGGAUGCUAUUCUCGUACCGGUUGGUGGUGGUGGACUGUUGGCUGGAAUUGCUGUGGCAGUCAAAGGGAUCAAUCCUAAAGUGCAAGUCAUUGGCGUGGAAUCGGAUCAAUGUGCGGGUUUUGGAAGGUCCAUACAAGCAGGAGAAGUUACCUACACUCCCUGUGCACCAACCAUUGCAGAUGGCUUGGCUGUCCCCUUGGUAGGCGUCAACUCUCUGCAUACCUGCCUGGGUCUGGUGGACAAGAUGAUCACAGUGGAAGAGUCACACAUUCACAGAGCGAUUAUACGAUUACUCGAGGUGGAAAAAUGCGUUGCCGAAGGUGCGGGGGCCACAGCACUUGCAGCGAUUUUGGCGGGUUAUCUUCCAGAGCUGGAGGGUAAAACUGUGGUCCCCAUAAUAUCGGGAGGCAAUAUCGACACAACCGUACUUGGUCGUGUGAUUGAUCGGGGCUUAACAUUGGAAGGUCGCUUAUGCCGUUUCCUUGUGGUCGUAUCAGAUAGACCCGGAGGAAUUGCCGAAAUGUGUUGCAUGCUACGUGAUCUUGGAGUCAGCAUCAAAGACAUAUUCCACGAACGAGCCUGGCUAAAAUCCAGUAUAUUUAAUGUACAGUUGAGAGUUGUGUGUGAAACGCGUGAUAUCAACCAUGCUGCUCAACUGGAGCGAGCCCUUCGAAAAAAAUACGCCGAAGUACUUUGGGGAUCAGCGGCCAUUUAGUGAAUACCGUGCAGUAAAUACGGUACGAAAUGCCAUCUACGCAAAUUUCCAGACGGCUGCCAAACAAAACCGUUGAUUCCGUUUUCUUUUCUAUUGCAAAAGCGCUCGUGAUUAGCGCAACUAAUUUUCACACAAGUGCCUCGAUUUCGUCGCUUCCCUUUCUCAUCGAGAAGAACAACAAAUGCAUCAAGCACCAACUUAUUUCUGUAUACUAUGUGCUUUCAUGACCUCAAUUUAUAAAAUUACUAUUUUGUAAUGGCGCCACCGAACGCUUUUGUAAAUGAGAAGUAUUUUUUUACCCACAAAACAUCACAAUCUACUACCACUGCUU